AUGGCGCGCGUGCGCUACGACGCGGUGCCCGGUGACGACGCCCCCGAGGCGCGAUCGUGGACGUUCGCGUCGGUGACGAACGCGCGGGCGGUCGUGGACGCGGCGCGGGCGGGGACGCUGGACGCGUGCGUCUUGGACGGGCGUUCGGUCGUGGGCGCGCGCGCGCUGGACAUGGCGUGUUACCGCGCGCGCGUGGCGAUCGAUCGAGGCGAGGGCGUCGCUCGAGGGGCGCACGCAGAGAUCAUCCUCGGAUUGUCGCACUCGAGGAACGUGGGGGAGGCGUUUCGGCGUUUCGGCGGCGGCGAGACGAGCGAGACGUUGGUGAUCGUCGCGUUCGAGGACGCGAGCGGUGGGGAUCGUGGGAUCGAGGCGCGCGUGAUGGAGUUGGUGGAGGGACGGUUGACGUCGUUCGAUGAUAGGGGGGCGAUCGAUGAGGCGUCGAUUAAGACGUGGUUUAAAAUCGGCGACGCGGAGCUCGCGCUCGGGGGGUCGCUCGAGGACGCGGUGUUGAGUCGGAUGGCGAUUCGCGACGUCGCGUGA